AUGCCUCUGCAACUUUUUGAUGGUAGUGAUUCCGAAAACGAUGACUUUUCAAAAAUCAAGAUAGACGAGGAAUAUGCUCGCAGGUUUGAGCACAACAAGAAGCGCGAGGACCUCCAGCGGUUCGAGGAAUUAAAAAAGAAGGGUGUUAUUGAUUCACCUUCCCAUUCUGGAGGCGAGGAAGAACCAGAGUCUGAAUCAUCGGAUGAUGACUAUGAGAAGCUUUUCAACUCAAGAAAGAGUGACAAGGAGUUCUUUGAUGCCUUAAUUAAAGUGAAGAAGCAAGAUCCUAUUCUUAAGCAGAAAGAUUUUAGGCUUUUUGGAUCGGAUGAUGACACUGAUGAUGGAAGCGAUGGGAAGGAGAAUUUUGAAUCAAAAGACAAAAAGGGUGAAAAGCCAAUGUAUUUGAAGGAUGUGAUGGCAAAGCAUUUGAUUGAGGAGGGGGCAGAUUUUGGCCAUGAAGAGGAGGAAAUAGAUGAAAAUGGAAAACGAAAGGGUAAGAAGGUAAUGCUUAAGACUUAUGGUGAUGAACAAGAGGAAUUGAAAAGGGCUUUUCUGAGAGCUGUAGAAAAGGAGGGUUUGGAGGAAGGUGAAGAAGAGUUUUUCACAGUAAAGGAGAAGGAGGGUGAGGAUUAUAAAGUAGAUAGUGAUGACAAGGAAUUUGAGGAGAAGCUGGAUGAAUAUUUUGGUGGAGACUUAGAAUCAAAUGAAAAUUCUAAGUUUCUAAAAAGCUAUUUCAUGAAUAAAUUGUGGAUUGACAAGAGUGAGAAGGAUUUGGAUCUUGGAGAGGAAGAAUUGGAAGAGAUUUCCAAUGAUGAGAUGGAACUCGAAAGACAGGAAGAAUACGAGUAUAGAUUUCAGGAGAAUCUGGGAGAUAGGGUGUUGGGUCAUGCUCGAAAGGUGGAGGGAUCCGUGAGGAAGAAGACAAAUACUAGGAAAGAGCAGAGAAAGAGCAAAGAGGAGAGAAUGGCUAUAGCACAAAAGGAGAGGGAUGAGGAGUUAAAGCAUUUAAAGAAUUUGAAGAAACAGGAGAUACAGGAGAAGGUUAAAAAGAUAAUGGAGACUGCAGGGAUCAAUGAUGAUGAUAUUAUUCCAUUGUCUAUGGCAGAAAUUGAAGAGGAAUUUAACCCAGAGGAGUAUGAUAGAAUGAUGAAGAAGGCAUUUGAUGAUAAAUAUUAUAAUGCGGAGGAUGCUGACCCUGACUUUUACAGUGAUAACGAUGACAUUGAGAAGCCAGAUUUUGAAGAGGAGGAUGAAUUACUUGGGCUUCCUAAAUGUUGGGAUGCAUGCGGAUCUAAUGGUGGCUUUUUAGCAGCAAGGGAAAAAGCAUUGAAAGAAAAGAUUGAGAAUACUAGUGAUGAUCUUCUAUCAGAAGGAGAAGAAGCAGACAAGAUUCCUGAGGUGGGUAAUCGGAAGAGGAAGCGCAAAACAGCACUUUUGGAGAAAGCAAGAGAGGCAAUGAUGGAUGAGUACUAUAAACUAGAUUACGAGGACACCAUAGGGGACCUGAAGACAAGAUUCAAGUAUGCCAAAACAAAGCCAAAUAGAUUUGGCAUCUCUACUUCAGAGAUACGGUUGAUGGAUGACAAAGAAUUGAGUCAAUAUGUUCCCUUGAAAAAACUUGCUCCUUACCGGGAUGAAGAAUGGAAACUAAGCAAACAAAAAAGAUACACCCUGAAGAUGAGGGUAAAAGAACUUCUUCGUACAGCAAGUUUGGAUAAGAAGAAAAAGAAUAAGUUAAAGGAUGAUUCUGACCAAAAAACUUCAUCAAAAAGUGUUGUGGAGAUAGAAAAAGCAAACCCCGACGAAUCAAAUAUUAAUGCGGAUCCUUUAUCAAGGAAAGCCAAGAGAAGACGACAAAUGGCUCAUUUAAAGAUAUCACAAAAUAGGCUUAAGGCAUACGGGAAUAUACCCUCAAAACCUAAGCAUGGAGGAAAGCACUGA